AGGUGACUAAUAUAGGUUUGGUUGACCGAAACACAGAAGCGUCUAGUCAUCAAGUGUCCUGUACAAGAACUUAGCCAUGGGAAAAGGUGCAGGAACGUUUGAGAGGCUGUUGGACAAAGCCACCAGUCAGCUCCUGUUGGAGACAGACUGGGAAUCCAUCCUGCAGAUCUGCGAUCUCAUCCGCCAAGGAGAUGCGCAGGCGAAAUAUGCAAUUGCUGCCAUCAAGAAGAAGCUCAAUGACAAAAAUCCACAUGUGACUCUCUAUGCCCUCGAGGUUUUGGAGUCAGUGGUGAAGAACUGUGGCCAGACGAUUCAUGAUGAAGUGGCGAGUAAGCAAACCAUGGAGGAACUCAAGGAACUGUUCAAGAAACAAACCGAGCCGAAUGUCAGGAACAAGAUCCUGUACCUGAUCCAGGCCUGGGCUCACGCCUUCCGCAACGAGCCCAAGUACAAAGUGAUCCAAGAUACUUAUCAGAUCAUGAAGGUGGAAGGUCAUGUGUUCCCGGAGUUUAAAGAGAGCGAUGCCAUGUUUGCUGCAGAGAGGGCUCCUGAUUGGGUGGACGCCGAAGAGUGCCACAGAUGCAGAGUUCAGUUCGGAGUAAUGACCCGGAAGCAUCAUUGCAGGGCGUGUGGACAGAUCUUCUGUGGCAAGUGCUCCUCCAAAUACUCCACUAUCCCCAAGUUCGGCAUUGAGAAAGAAGUGCGAGUGUGUGAGCCCUGCUUUGAGCACCUCAAUAACCACCCCUCCCUCUCUCCCCCUUCCAGGAAAGCUGAAGGGAAGAGCAGCAGCAGCAGCAGCAGCAGCAGUGGACAAUCUGAUCUGCCACCUGAGUACCUGACCAGCCCUCUGGCUCAGCAGUCUCAGAUGCCCCCUAAGAGAGACGAGGCAGCGCUGCAGGAGGAAGAGGAGCUGCAGCUGGCUAUUGCGCUCUCCCAAAGUGAAGCUGAGGAGAAGGAGAGAAUGAGGCAGAAGAGCUCGUACCCUGUGUACCCCAAAGCUGACCCGACUCCAGUGACCUCCUCCGCACCACCCGUCAGCACUCUGUACUCCUCUCCUGUGAACUCUUCUGCUCCUUCAGCUGAAGAUGUUGACCCUGAGCUGGCUCGUUAUCUGAAUAGGACUUACUGGGAGAAAAAGCAGGAGGAGGUGCGCAAGAGUCCCACCCCUUCUGCUCCUGCUCCGGUGCCAUUGGCUGAACCAAUGCCAGUCAGCCAGCCAGUGGAAAGCCAUGCUCCUGUUCAGCCCAUCAACAUAGUGGAGCAGCAGUACCAGAACGGCGAAUCGGAGGAGAACCACGAGCAGUUCCUCAAGGCUCUACAGAACGCAGUCACAACCUUUUUAAACCGCAUGAAGAGCAACCACAUGCGCGGGCGCAGUAUUACCAACGACAGCGCCGUGCUCUCCCUCUUCCAGUCCAUCAACAACAUGCACCCGCAGCUGCUGGAGCUCCUCAACCAGCUCGACGAGAAGAGACUGUACUAUGAAGGACUGCAGGAUAAGCUGGCGCAGGUUCGGGAUGCACGCGCCGCAUUGAACGCUCUAAGGGACGAGCACCGCGAGAAACUGCGCCGUGCCGCUGAGGAGGCUGAGAGACAGCGGCAGAUCCAGCUUGCCCAGAAACUCGAGAUCAUGAGGCAGAAGAAACAGGAGUAUCUGGAGAUGCAGAGACAGCUGGCUAUUCAGCGUCUGCAGGAGCAGGAGAAGGAGAGGCAGCUGCGUCUGGAGCAGCAAAAACAUACCAUCCAGAUGCGUGCUCAGAUGCCUGCUUUUUCCCUCCCUUAUGCGCAGAUGCAGUCAUUGCCACCUAACGUGGCAGGCGGGGUCGUGUAUCCACCUGCUGGUCCCCCCAGUUUCCCUGGCACAUUCAGCCCUGCUGGCUCAGUGGAGGGCUCUCCCAUGCAUGGGGUCUACAUGAACCAACCUGGGCAGCCCGGAGGAGGACCCUACCAGGCCAUGCCGGUGUCGGCUACAGAUCCCAACAUGGUGAACGCAUACAUGUAUCAGACCGCAGGGACCGGUGGACAACCUGCUGCCCCUGGUCAGGCACCACCCCCGAACACCAGCCCUCCAUACACCAACUACCAGCCCACUCCCACACAGGGCUACCAGCAGAACAUGGCAUCACAAGCCCCGAGCUUGCCCCCGAUGUCCCAGCCUGCCCAGACCAACGGAAUGGCCUACAUGGGCUACCAGCCGUACAGCAUGCAGAACAUGAUAUCCGCACUUCCUGGACAGGACCACAACAUGCCCCCUCAGCAGCAGUACAUGCCUGGUCAACAACCCAUGUACCAGCAGUUGGCGCCCCCUGGAGGUCCUCAGCAGCAGGCACAGCAGCCCCAGCAGCCCCCUGCAGGCAGCGCAGAGGCUCAGCUCAUUUCUUUUGACUAAAACUCUAUUCUCACCUGAACCACCACACUACAGUCAGCCAUCUGUCUUUCCCCUUUUCCUUUUGUAACUCUACACAGUCUCUACAUCAAUCUAUUGAUAAAUUAUGGUCAUAUUACAUCUAUUGAUAAAAACGUCAGAAAUGAGAUGCUGUUCGCUGCUGGUAUCCUGAUAUUCUCUCUUUCUCGCUCACUCGCGCUCUCUCUCUGUGUACUUCUUUCCAUGUAAAGCAGAGGGAGUGAAAUGGUUCCUUGUUCCUUCAAUGCCUUUCUCCUUACGAAACCCCUGUUAGCUAGUAGUUCAUAUCCUUAAAUAUUGACAGAUUAUGUGUAUAUAUAAAAAAAGAACAUUGAAUAAUAUGUGACCCUGUCAUAUUUUUCUAAAGUCGAUCUGCAUGUGUUUAGUCCAUCUUUACGAUGUCUCCACCCUGGCCAAAUUAACAUGAUUUUAAUUACAUUCGAGAAAUGGCUUUAACAAGUCAGAGAACGAGUGCCUGAUCCAGGAUUGCAUCCAAGAGCCAGAGCUGAUCCUAGAUUAGAGUUCACUCUGGUGCUUAUUGUUAUAAAUAUGGUGUCUAAGUGCUGCCUCUCACCCAUCUUACAGACAUUUUGUCACAAAACUUUACAUUCCAAAGUAGCAUUCAGAACAGGAAUCCGAGUCCAAUUUGAAAAUAUAUGGACUUUGUGAUCCUAGCUAAUAAUCGUUGCAACAGUCAGCUUUUGGAGAUUAAAUUAAGUUAAAGUUAAUAGGACCGGUCCUGUAUAGUAUGUGCAACUUCUACAAGAAGAACUUGUGUUUUUUGAAUAAACUAAUUAGUUUCUGCCAGGUUUAACACCAGGCUUCAGGAUAAGACACGAUAAGAAAAUCUGAAAGCUUGGUCGUCUCAGUUGAAUAAAUGCCUGUGUGAGGGCCGCAGGCUAUAAAGCUGGAUCGUAUCAUGAUUCAGUUGAAGGAUCUGUCAAAUGUUGCUUUAAAAACCUGGACUUGUACUGCAUGUUUGUAACAUUCAUCGAUCAGUGAGCAGUUCUGUAACCCUUUAAUGCCGUCUCUGGACAGCUUCGUUCCAUCCUUCUGAUCUGUAUGACUCCAAGAAAGAGUUUUAAGAUUAUAUUUAAUAAAUAUCUCAUUCUUUUAUUGUGCA